CUUUGCCUUUGCCGGAUGAUGUCACAAGAGCAUGACUGUUAGUGAUGAUAUCAUAAUGGCAACCAUGAUUGUUAGUGAUGACCUCAUAAUGGUGCCCCUGACACAAGCUGUUAUAAGGGCUGUUUACAGUUGGGAUUGUCAGAUUAGUGACUGAAUGCCACCAUGAGGUCACUAAUCAUCACCCUGUUCAUUUUCACUGGAUUUUUACGAGUACGUUCUGUUCAUGUUAAUGGGUUCAUGUAUGGGAAUUGUAUCUGAGCCAUUAUGGGUUCCUGUUAUUAGCGUUAUCUGUUAAUGUACCAGUGACUUAUGGGUUUGUUGAGAAGUUUCUAUACAAUGUACAGCACCAUGUCCCAAACAUCUGAUCCAUGUACUUUUCUAUUACAGGAAAGAGAUAUCAAAGAACAUAUUGAGACAUUGAAUUAUGUGACUGAAGGAUUCAACUACAUCAAGCUCAGUUUGCCAGUUUGCCCAGUGUCUGUUGAAAAGGCCGGUUAUGUAGAGGAUGUAGAGUGCGGCAAUACCCUGUUUGUACAGGAAGAGAUCAGACCAGUCCCUCUGCUGAUUCCUACAGACAUAAGAUGUGAUGGCUUGCGUUGUCCAAUUCCACCUAUAGAGAGUCAGCUCACUAACCGAGAGCCAGAGCUGAGUAGCGCCAUCAUUCAGGAGUUCCAGCUAAUUGUGCCUUAUAUUGAGACCCUCAUCAGCGAUACUGAGAAUGGCACUAGUGUUAAAGGAAUCAUUUUGGGCUUCUUGUUACCAGAAAUCUUUGCCUUUCUACUGGAAUUCUGUUAUGGAAACUGGUCCAGCAGAAAGAAGGAAGAAAAGGAAAAAGAUGAGGCCCCUUCUGAGAGAGAGAAGGAAAGGCCACAACGUCCUGCUCUAACCCAUGAUAACAUGGAGGAAGAAUUUGGAGGCACUAAGAAAAAGAAAAAACAGCGCCACUCUGAGACUCAUGAUCACCAAAGCUCAGAGAAACCAAAGAGCAGUGAAAGAACAACAGCAGAAGAGGAAACGGAAUUAAAGCAGCUUUUGCAACAGUUCAUCUGCCAAUGCUUGGAAGGAGAUUUCUAAGGAGAAGACAUAAGGAGAAGUGGGUUGGAGGGAGGAAACAACUUCUCCAGAUUUAACAUUUCCAUACAGAAUGGAUUUUUUAUUACAGAUUUCUACUGGCAUCAUAUUGCUCAGUUGCAACUAUGAAUUUUAGUGCAACUAUUAUACAAUUUAAAGUAUUCUUCUAUAGAAAAAUAUUCACAUUUCCCUUCCCAUGUUAUUGAUAUUUAUAAUAAAAUGUUAAGAAUAAAAAUUCAGACUGA